CCAGCUUCUUGGGGGCUGGGCUGACUGCUGUUGUUGGUUUCCUUCAUUGAAAUCCAAGGUCUUCAGCUGAAACGGGCAGCACAUUGCACGAUAACAACAGCGAAGCCAGGGGGAUAGUCUGCUGUCUUCGAAUAGUGUUCACCGUCGCUGGAUUCCCCAAACACCACGACUUCAUUGUUUAGAAUCGUACAGGACUAACAUGGUCGGGAUCCCAGGCACCUAUCAAUGCAGUGGAGAGAAAAAGAACCCUGCAAUGCCUGGUUCUCCUGUGGAGGACAAAGUCCACUCCAGAUCCAUACCCUCCGCAAUGCCACCCCUACCACCCGUCAACCCCAGCGGGCCCAGGCCAGCGUCCUUCUCCUCCACAGCACUGACCAAUGGGAUCAACCACUCCCCUCCCACGCUGAACGGAGUCCCUUCCCCUCCUCAGAGGUUCAGUAGUGGACCUUCAUCCUCUUCCUCCUCCUCCCUGGCCAAUCAACAGCUCCCUGCCACCUGCGGAGCCCGGCAGCUGAGCAAGCUGAAACGCUUCCUCACCACGCUGCAGCAGUUUGGCAACGACAUCUCACCAGAGAUCGGCGAGAGCGUCCGCAACCUGGUGCUGGCACUCGUGAAUUCCACGGUUACGAUAGAAGAAUUCCACGGCAGACUUCAAGAAGCAACCAAUUUUCCACUCCGGCCCUUUGUGAUCCCCUUUUUAAAGGCUAACCUGCCCCUCCUGCAGAGGGAGCUCCUGCAUUGUGCCCGGGCUGCCAAGCAGACCCCAGCGCAGUACCUGUCCCAGCACGAGCACCUGCUGCUCAGCACCACCAUGGCUUCCCCCCCUGACUCCUCGGAGCUGUUGCUGGAGACCAACGAGAACGGCAAGAGACGUAGCCCUGACAGAGGUAAAGAGAAUGGGUUUCAUGAACGAGUACCUGUUGCCAUGGAGCCCCCAGCCAAACGCAUCUGCACAAUCAGCCCUGCCCCUCGCCACAGCCCUGCCCUGCCAGUGCCCCUCCCACUGAGCACUCAGCACCACCCCACACCUCCCCCCCUGCAGCACUACGCCCUGGAGGAUGUCACCGGCCCGCACAACUACCGGGACCCCCAGCGCCUCCUAGAGGUCCGAGAUGCCAAAGAGAGGCCACGCCAUCCGGGUACAAACGUGAGCUAUCGCGAAGAGCCAAUGGACCACAGGCUGACUGAGCGAGAGUGGGCGGACGAGUGGAGACACCUCGAUCAUGUAAGGCCUGUUGUUUUCGCCAAGGGCAGGACAGAUCAAGGAGUGCAAAAUGUGCUGAACUGCAUCGUUGACAUGGUGGAGAAGACGCGGCGCUCCAUCGCAGUGCUGCGCCGCUGCCAGGAGGCGGAUCGCGAGGAAAUGCACUACUGGAGGAGGCGUUCCAGUGAGCACGAGGAGGCGAGGAAGAGCGCCCCCUCCAAGCAGAGCAGCCCUCGCGGGGGGGGAGAUAGUGAUUCCCAGCUCACACCCCGGUCUGGAUACGUCCCAGAUGAGAUCUGGAGAAAAGCUGAGGAGGCAGUGAAUGAGGUGAAGCGGCAGGCCAUGGGCGAGGUGCAGAAAGCCGUGGCAGAGGCAGAGCAGAAGGCUCUCGAGCUGGUCACGGUGGAGAGAGCCAGGAUGGAGAAGACCCUGGCAGAGGCCAAGCGCCAGGCCACCAAGGACGCCAUCCAGGUCAUCAACGAGCAGGAAGACUCCAGCGAGAGCUGCUGGAACUGCGGUCGCAAAGCCAGUGAAACCUGCAGCGGCUGCAAUGCGGCCCGCUACUGCGGCUCGUUCUGUCAGCACAAGGACUGGGAGAGGCACCACCUGAUCUGCAGCCCAGGACUCCAGGCACAACCCAAACCCCCCUCCGCAGUGCCAGGCAGGGCAGCGGGCAAGUUCCCAGACAGCGUGGCUACAGCCAGCCCAGCACUGGAGAAGAUCACCACGACCGCGUCCAGGUCAUCAACACCAGCCUCUGUCUCAGCCGUGGAGACCAAUGGACACUAAGACCCUCCAUGGAGAACUGGAGGGUAUCUUUCAAAGCCAUUAACUUUUCAACUGUAUAUUGUCAAUGACACAAACCGAAUCCCUUCAAAGCAACCGAUCACCCAUACCUAAAAAGAGGGACACUUUCUUGGAUUUUGGUUGGGACAAAUUGAAAGGUUUCCCUCCAUUGUAAUAUUGUAAUAAUAAUAAUAAUAAUAAAAAAAAAAACCUUCUUUCCCUCAAUACCCAGUCUCAUGUUAAAUAAUCAUAGCUGAUGUGGAAUUGGAGGUGAAAUGGACAAUCCCUUCUAAUCUGGAACAGUUGGUUCUCCACCUUCCGUCUGGACUCCGGAUUGCCGCAGAGUUAGGAGUUGCAAGCCUCUGCUGGCGAGAAUCCAGACUGGCUGUGGAUGUCUUCUAAGCAUUAGUCAAGAGCUGCUACACUGCAAUUCCUUCUUGAAGCCACCGGCUCCUUAUUUGUCGUUUUUCUUUUCUUUCACUGUCCUACAGUUCUGUUGGCAUCUCAGGAGUCUAUUGUAUAUGUCAUUAUGUUAAAUCAUUAAAUAAAUGAAAAAAGAAAGUUUUUUUUGUGUGUGUGUGGGAGCUUGAAUACUUAAACUAAGAUUCUCAAGGUGUGUGAGUGUGUGCAUUUGAUAACUUGCCAAAGCCUACCUUAUGAGGACAUACCCUUGUAAUGUUUAAACAUUUGAACAUUGAAAAGAAAAAAACUGCUUCUAAAGAAAACUUUCAAUGCAGGAGUGUUUAUUUU